AUGUCGCAGACUGAGAUUUCGGGCGUCAGCACUCCCUGUGAACCCUCCAAGCCAGCAGAUGCUCCAGGUCACACGGUCGCAUCGAACAAGGUAAUCAAUGCUCUCGCCACCAAAGUAUCUGCAGUUCUGUCCGCCUCUUACUCUGAUGCGGAAUUUCGUGGUGCUGUAACUUUGAUAGAUCAUCGCGGUCUAAAACAUGACGGGAGAACGAGACGAAGACUCCGAUUGGAUCUGCAAAAGGAAGUGAUUGAAAAGAAUGGAAAGAUACUGGAUGACUUUGGCUUUGUUUCGGAUCAAUUGAGGCACAUCAAAGUAGUUCUUGAGAAACUCAAUGCCGAUUCUUCUAAGAUGAAGCGUAUGGUAGCCGUGGCACACAGCGGCAUGGAAUCUCCUCUGGCAGAGGCAUCAGCCCUGCUCGAGAAACGAAGAGGGAUCGAAGGGAAACGACACCUACUCCAAAUCCUACGUGAGCGCUUUGUGUUAUCUGAUGAAGAGGAAUUAGCGCUCACUUCAGCUGCCGAGCCUGUGGAUGAGGUUUUCUUUGCUUGUCUCGCAAAAGCCAAAAGGAUCACACAAGAAUGCGAGGUAUUACUCGGCUUCGAAAAACAAACUCUGGCUUCUGAAAUCAUGGAGAAGUCGUCGAAAAUUCUCGGGUAUGGCUAUCAAAAAUUGUACAAAUGGGUUCAACGGGAGUUCAAGACUCUGGAUGUCGAAAACCCGCAGAUGAAUGCUACCAUGAGAAAGGCCCUCACAGUGCUCGCCGCCAGGCCGUCGUUGUUUCAAAACUGCCUCGACUUCUUUGCCGACGGCAGACAAAAUAUUUUGUCUGAUUCGUUCUUUACCGCUCUGACUGGCAAUGGCAGUGGUAGAGGCUCUGCCGCAUCCAAACCGAUAGACAUGAUUGCGCAUGAUCCUCUCCGCUAUGUGGGCGAUAUGCUGGCGUGGGUUCACUCCGCCGCAGUCAGUGAAAGAGAGAUUCUUGAGGUCCUUUUCGUUGCCGACAGCGAGGAACUCGUCAAGGGUCUCAAUAGCGGCCGCGAUGCUGAACUGUGGCGCAUCAUCUCCGAUGGCGAAGACGAGGGUUUCAAUACUUUAGAAACAUUGAAUAAUCUUGUCGACAGAGAUGUGUCCGGCGCAGCUCGAUUACUCCGUCAGCGAGUAGAGCAAGUUAUACAGUCGAACGAGGAUUCGAUAGUAGCAUUCAAGCUGGGGCAUCUUCUCAAAUUCUAUGGCGUUAUGCUUCUCAAGUUACUUGGACCCGGUUGCAGUUUACUACACUCUGUUCGCAGUUUAGAAAAGGAGGCUAUGAGACAAUUUAGGGCUCUACUGCGGGAGCACAUUGCUGCCGUUCGAGCCGAGCCCCAAAGCAUGCCCUCUGAUCUAGACCCGCCAGUGUUCUUACAGGACGCCCUCAAGCAGAUCCAAGUCAUCUUAAGCACCUACGAAACAUCGUUGUCCACUGCCGAGGAAAGCGAGGAAAAUAUCGGCCAAAUUCUAGCCGAAGCCGUGGACCCUUUCAUCCUCGACAGUGAAGCUCUAGCGAAAUCAAUGCCAACUCUACGCAGCUCGAUAUAUCUUAUCAACUGUCGCCUGGCUCUUGCGAACUGUUUCAAGAAAAGCAAACUAGCCAAGGAAAGGGAAGAGCAGCUGAUGACACUAAUCGACGAAGAGGCGGAAAUUCUUACAGAUUCUCAACUAGCGUUCUUCCACCGAGGUUCAGGGCUGUACGAUCUGAUCACAAUAAUUAAGCAACGCGCAAAUUCCGGCGCCAACUCUAUUACAACUGACAAGCUUUCUGCUUCGAGCGCCGAAUUGGAUCACUUUCUCCCCUCAGCAUACAUCGAUGCUCUUGAACGUCUUGGCGGGCUUAAGGAUUCCGGGCUUGCACGCAAAAUUACAGAGGAAGCUGCUGAGCGCUUCUGCGAAGAUUUUGAGCUGCUCGAGAAUCACAUUGAUGCACUGGAUGCAGCGCGAAGCGGCGGCGAGGAUGAUGAUAAUCUUCGGAGCGUGUUUCCGCGCACAGUGGAAAUGAGAGUAAACCUAGAGGUGGCAAUUGUACGGUACUCUGGUCGCGCCAAGCCCUUACGUCACCAGCCAGGCUCUGCCCCCGAAAGCCAGAUUGCUAGCGUACGAGCGCAGGACGUAGCUAACAGAAACGAAUCCAGGUGGGCAGUUUUAAGUUUUGACAACAUUGUCCGCAACAUCAUAGCGACUUGGAGCGAAGCCAACUUUGAUAUCAACUACUAUGUGCACAGCACCAUUGCAAUGUUGCGUAACCGAGUAUUUACCGCUCUCCAGAAGACGUACGACGAAAGCUACUUGAGUUGCUCCACUGCAGUAUAUUAUGAGAGUCAAGGAGAUGAGACCGAGGCUCUUCGGCACUGGCGCAAUGCCCUCGCCCUGAUAUACGAACACAACGCAACGAAGGUAAACCCCGGCUAUGGACCGCAGACCGAUACUGAAAAGGCUCUUGUCGACGCUCUGAGGGAAUUGGAGCUUCAAUGUAAGGAAAGACUCGACCUUUUAGAGGCUCUGAAAGCCUCAAGAGACGACGAAACCAGCUCCGAUACAGGCGGGAGACCAUCCAAGACGCCCAGCCCUUUCGCUUCCCCCAUGACAACAAAGGGCUCGAUUGGAAGUGGCACAAUACCAUCCGUUACGUAUUCUGAUCUGUCACGACCUGCAGUCUCACCACGGCCACCGUUGCCAAUACGCACAGUGUCUGAAACUCCGCAGUCCGGGGAAAGAUCACAGACUGGCGAUGCUACAUCAUACACUCGAUCAAACUCUAGACCGCCGGCUCUUAGCGUUCCACCUAAAGCAGAUCGAACAUAUCGAUCGCCCAGUCCUGAGAAACACACGAUGCGCACGACUCUUCGGUCCUCCAAGUUGGGCGAGAAAGCGUCCGCGCCUUCACGAAAAUCAGCGCGGCCAGCAGCUGAGGGGCCCAGUAAGGCGGCAACGCUAGCGUGGAGCGCUCUUGGAUCUAGAGAUCGUCCACAGCGGACACCGCCUUCCGAAACACCAUCUUCAACGUCCACGCUCAACUCUAAAAGGACGGCAGGGCAUUUAUAUAAACAAAGAUCGACACCAACCAAAUGGGACAGCCAUUCUAGAAGACUCGUUCAGCCAAAGGAUAUAGAUGGUUCUACAAAUGGUCAACUUACCGGAGCGCGACACUCUGAUGAGUACCCAUACAACACCCCAUCUUUUCUGUCUGUGAGCGCCGCGUCUAGUGCACUGAACUCAACAACUCAGCUAGAAUCGCAGACAACGGAGAAUGCGUCCGCUCGCCCCGAUCGUUACCAUCCUUCUCGGCUGCCAGCCAAGCGGCACAAAGAGGAGCGUUCUAACGGAUCUGGAACGGCAGAUGAUUCUAGCGAAUGGUGGGAGAGGCGAAGCGCAUCGGAUGUUCCUGUCCAGCACAAAGCGGCGACAAGACGCACUGACGCGAUCGUCGCGACGCAGAGCACCAUGUAUCCCGUGCAAGCAACCCGACAUCGCCGUCGGGACCAACCGAUGACAAGGCAUGUAUCUGUGUCUAGUACUUCUGAAGAUGACGCCGACAGUCAGAAUAUGAAGCUACUCAAGAAUAAGACUCCUGUCAAUCACAGUACUAGUGUGCAUUCAAAUGCUACGCUGAACAAGUUGAAGCCGUCGGAACGCAAAGUCAAGGGGGACCCUGUCAAAGUCGAUAGCUCGAGCGAGGCAUCGGAAGAAACCGAAGAAAGCAUCGCUGACAAGUUAUGGAAGAAGAAGAAGUCGUCGAUUCUAAGGAACCUUCCUUCUGGCGUUGACGAAAGCGCGGCCAAACAGAUCCUGAACGAAAUCGUCGUGAAGGGAGAUGAAGUGCGCUGGGGUGAUAUCGCUGGGCUCGAAAUCGCAAAGAAUGCUUUGAGGGAAACUGUGGUGUAUCCGUUCUUACGCCCCGAUCUGUUCAUGGGUCUGCGAGAACCGGCUCGAGGUAUGCUCCUGUUUGGGCCGCCAGGUACGGGAAAGACCAUGCUUGCCAGAGCGGUGGCGACUGAGUCACGAUCUACGUUCUUUUCCAUUUCUGCAAGCAGCUUAACGAGCAAGUAUUUGGGAGAGUCUGAAAAACUAGUUCGAGCUUUGUUCGGCUUGGCACGCUCGUUGGCACCAAGCAUCAUUUUCGUGGAUGAAAUCGAUUCUCUUCUUUCCCAACGAUCUGGCUCAGGUGAGCACGAGGCGACCCGUCGCAUCAAAACGGAGUUUCUCAUUCAGUGGAGCGACCUUCAGAGAGCAGCAGCUGGGCGUGAAACGACAGAAAGAGACAAAGAACGUGGUGACGCGAAUCGUGUACUUGUUUUAGCUGCAACUAAUUUGCCAUGGGCCAUUGACGAGGCUGCGAGGCGCCGUUUCGUGAGGAGACAAUACAUUCCCUUGCCCGAACCGACGACGAGGGAAACACAAAUCCGCACACUGCUAGGCCAGCAGAAACACAGCCUGUCACCAAGCGACGUCCAGAAACUGGUGGGCUUGACUGAUGGUUUCUCGGGGUCCGACAUCACAGCACUCGCCAAGGAUGCAGCGAUGGGUCCGCUCCGAUCUCUUGGUGAGGCAUUGCUACACAUGACUAUGGACGAAAUACGGCCUAUAAGCCUUGUAGACUUCGAAGCAAGUUUACGCACGAUUAGACCUAGCGUGAGUAAGUCUGGACUAAAGGAGUACGAGAUUUGGGCAAAUGAGUUUGGAGAGCGAGGUGGCUAG